GCACAGUCGCUCUCGGGAGACCAACGAGCCGCUACACUACACCAUGAAGGUCCUGAUCGUCGUCGCUUGCGUGCUGGCUGCGGCCGCCGCCACCCCCGGGCUCAUCGGCGCGCCCGUCGCCUACUCGGCGCCCGUGGCCGCCGCCGCCGUCGUCGCGCCCUCCGUCUCCAGCCAGUACCACGCUCAGGACGAGCUGGGCCAGUUCAGCUACGGCUACCAGGGCCCGCUGUCCGCCAAGCAGGAGGUGCGCACCGCCGACGGCAUCACCCGCGGCGGCUACUCCUACGUGGACGCGCACGGCCUGGUGCAGAGCGCCCAGUACGUGUCCGACCCCGUCAACGGCUUCCGCGUCGCCGCCACCAACCUGCCCGUGGGCCCCGGCGUGCCCGCGCCCCCCGCGCCCCUCGCGCCCGUCGCCGUGGCCGCCGCCCCGUCGCCGCCGUCGCCGCCGCCCCGCCCGUCGUCACGAGGCCCGCUAACGCCGCCCCGCCGUCGUCGGCCCCGCUGCCCGUCGCCGACACCCCGAGUUGCCGCCGCUAAGGCCGCCCCCUCCAGGGCCCACGCGCGCCGCCAAGGACGCGCCGCCCCGCAUGGGUUGUGGCCAGCUCUCCAGCCACCCCCAAUUCCUCCCUCCACCCCUGCGCAGCCCUCGACACGUCCCUACAAUGUAGUGUGUGUUUGUGUGUUCCUGCAGCCGCCAUACUACGGCCGCAAGAAGCGCAGCCCCGCCUGCUGGCCGCGCCGCCGUCGCCGCCUACGCGCCCCGCCUCCGUGCCGUGCAACGCCCCCCGUCGCCUACGCCCCCGCCGCCUCCCGUGGCCGUCCACGCCCCGUCGCCUACGCCCGCCCGCCGUCGUGCCCGCCGCAGCUUCGCCUAUCCACCGUGGCCGUGCACGCCGGGCGCCCAUCGUCGCCCGCCACCCCGGCCGCCGUCGUGGUCGCCUAA